GCGCGAAAGUCCGUCGGAUUGCUCAUAUAAGAACGAACGCUUCAGCGACCGUGCAUUCAAAAGUUAACCGACAUUUGAUCUGUCAACGUGCUGCAGUGACGGCAAACGAAUAGCUUGCCCCAAGUUUGGGAAAGGACCGUUUCAACAGUUUGGUUGAGGAACGCGUUUGUGUAAAGUCGUAUUCACAUUAAGCGAAAUAAAAAAAAUAAAACAGUUUUACAAAUCCGCCAAAAAGGAGUUUUCUCUGUUGCAAAUAUACGGAUUGAUAGAUAGACGACACGUUCGUUCAUACCUGUGACAUGAAUAUGCUGCACACCCAACUGCUCUUCCUGGCGCUCUGCUGCCUGGGCUAUGUCUGCUGCACUCCGAUAAUUGGCCAGGAGGAGGCACGCAACCAUGCCUCUGGUGUCAACGAUGGGGACAACGACUUGCUAUUGAAUGCUGGUGAAGAUGGCCCGGAGAAUGUAGGCGACAUCGACAAGCGUAUGGAGCGCUACGCCUUUGGGCUAGGGCGCCGCGCCUAUAUGUACAACAAUGGAGGACCCGGCAUGAAGCGUCUGCCAGUUUACAACUUUGGACUGGGCAAACGAUCGCGUCCAUACUCGUUUGGAUUGGGCAAGCGCGGGGACUAUGAGGACGAGCAGGACAACGAGAUUGAUUACAGGGCACUACCGCCUGGCUUCAUGGCUGCUAUGGGCAGAAACAGUCGACAAAACAAACGGACGACCCGCCCACAGCCGUUUAAUUUUGGCCUGGGCAGGCGUUAGGAUGUCAUCUAGACUCUAAUCGGAUGUCAAUUGUGAGCCGCUAAUUUAACGUUUUAACUAUUAUAACAAGUUGCUAUUACAUGGCUCAGACUAGCACAAGAGUCGAUCUUAAUUAACAUUCAAAAUCUAAUCUAAAACUGAGAACUUUGCGUAGUCUUCGCUCUUUUUACAUAAAUAUAAAAGGCUUAAAUUUUAAUUUUAGUUUUUUUCAAUUGAUGCGUUAAGCUACAGCAACAGUUUAAUCUUAAUUUUAUGAUAGAAAAGUGCAACAAAAAAUAAAAAAAA